CUGCAGCUGAUGUUUGCUGGUGAAAGUUAAAUCUUCCAGGACUCUCGCUGCAGACGGACUGAAACUUUUCUGAUUUAUAAUGAUUGCAUAUAUUCUUUACACCGUACUUGCGGGUUUGGCAGUUUUGCUGUUAUUUCUUUACUUGAGAAACCCUUACUUUUUUCAAGAUUUACGUUACACUAUUACUUCCAUUAAAAUUGGUAUAAGCAUCAACAGAUUCCAGAAGCAGAAACCUUUUUACAGUAUUUUGGAUCGUUUCCUGGACCAGGCGAAGAAGCAGCCGCAUAAGAAGUUCAUUCUUUUCGAGGACAGCUCGUACACUUACAGCCAAGCCGACAGAGAAAGCAACAAAGUGGCCAGAGCUCUGUCCACGCAUGCCCACCUGAAGCCAGGGGACACGGUGGCUCUGUUCCUGGGCAAUGAGCCGCAGUUUGUGUGGAUGUGGCUGGCACUGGCCAAGCUGGGCUGCACGGCUUCUUUUCUGAACUACAACAUCAGAUCCAAGUCUCUGCUGCACUGCUUCUCCUGCUGUGACGCUAAGGUCCUUGUCGCUGGUGCUGACUUGCAAGAUGCUGUAGAGGAGGUGUUGCCCACUUUGAAACAACAGGGCAUCCGUGUGUUUAUCCUCAGUGAGAAGUGUGAUGUAGAGGGCAUUGAAAGCUUCUCUGGUAAAAUUCAGCAGGCCUCAGACCAGCCUGUGUCCCCUGAACUGAGGGCCAACAUCAAGAUAAAGAGCCCUGCGCUGUACAUCUACACCUCAGGAACAACAGGGCUUCCAAAGGCGGCUGUAAUCAACCAUGAAAGGGUUUGGAUGGCAACUUUUCUGCAGGCUAUUGCUGGCGUACGCUCAGACGAUGUCAUCUACAUUUACCUGCCUCUGUACCAUUCUGCUGGCUUUCUGAUGGGACUUUGUGGGGCCAUAGAAAACGGCAUCACUGUUGUUUUAAGGCGUAAAUUCUCUGCGUCCCACUUCUGGAAUGACUGUCGAAAGUACAAUGUGACUGUUAUUCAGUACAUAGGGGAAAUCAUGCGCUAUCUCUGCAACGCACCAAAGAGAGACAAUGACAGAGAUCAUAAAGUCCGACUGGCUUUGGGGAACGGUAUAAGAUCCGAUACCUGGGCCGAUUUCCUGCAGCGAUUUGGGGACAUUUGCAUCUGUGAAUGCUACGGAGCAACAGAAGGAAAUGUUGGAUUUGUCAACUACUGCGGCAGAGUUGGAGCAAUUGGCAAAGAGCAUUUUCUCUACAAAAUGGCGUGUAAGUAUGCUCUCAUAAGGUACGACACAGAGAAAGAGGAGCCAGUCAAAGACUCCCGAGGAUUCUGUAUUGAAGUCCCCAGAGGAGAGACGGGUCUGUUGGUAGCAAAGAUCGGAAAGAGAGCACCCUUCAGCGGCUAUGCCAAGAACACUCAGCAGACAGAGAAGAAGAAGUUGAGAGAUGUGUUUGUGAAGGGAGACCUUUACUUUAACAGUGGGGACCUUCUAAAGAUAGACCACGAGGGAUUUAUCUUCUUCCAAGACCGCAUUGGAGACACUUUCAGGUGGAAAGGAGAAAACGUGGCAACCACAGAGGUGGCCGAUCAUUUGCUCACAGUGGACUGCAUUGAGGAGGCUAAUGUCUAUGGUGUGAAGGUGCCAGGACACGAGGGAAGAAUUGGAAUGGCAGCACUGACGCUCAAAGAAAACAUGGAGUUUGACGGCAAAGCUACAUAUCAGUAUGUCAAAAGCUGCCUCCCCAGCUACGCAAGACCGCGCUUCAUACGCAUACAGGAUGCACUCGUAGUAACUGGGACAUUUAAGCAAAUGAAGGUGAAGCUGGCAGAGGAGGGCUUCAACCCUGCUGUCAUCAAGGACCCUUUGUUCUACCUGGAGGACAACAAGGGCUACAUACCCAUGACUCAGGAGAUAUUCAACUCCAUCGCAGAGGGAAAAAUCAGGCUCUGAAUGAAUUCAGUGUUUAUUGUUGGAUUUUCAACCUCAAAAUUGUACAUUUGAUUUUUAGGCUUUAAAGGACCAGUUUGUAGGAUAUAGCGGCAUCUAGUGGUGAGGUUAAAGAUUGCAGCUGACUGAAUACCUCUCCCCUCACGCCUGCCUUUCCAAGAAUGUUGGAGAACCUGUGGUGGCCUUCAUUCAAAUAGACUACCACAAUAUUUUUUUUAACUCAAUAUCGAUCUUGCAACGAUAUUGUGGGGACGACUGUUGGUGCUUUUACAAGAUAUCUACACAAUGAGAUUUUUGAUAAAUAAUUAUCAGUAAUGUGGAUAGAAUGAAUGAAGUGAUUAAAGAGCUAAAACAGUCUGCUAGAUUACAUCACUUUACUGUAAUGCAGCCUUUUGUAAGACAGCGCUUACAAUAUUACGAUAUCCAAAAUCUAUGACACGACCAAAUUUAAGCCGCGACUUUAAUGUAAAAAAAAGACGAAAGACCCUCGCUAGCGCCAUGGUUUGGUUCGUCUUUUUUGGGCUACUGUAGAAACACGAUGGUACAAAGAGAUGGUCACACAUGAGCGAAUAUAGGUGAGUGGCCAUUGCUUGCCGAGGCAAUAUUCAUGUUGAAUGUGCUUAGCUUCUGAUGUGACACAGAAAGCUAGCUGGCCAAGAAAUACUGUGAAAUAUGAUGUCGUUGGUACAUUUUCCAUGUUCUUACAUUCCAUGUCUGUCUCCCAACUCACUGCCAGACAGGUAGCAUCUCAUGCAGAGCAGUUUGUAUUUUUCUUGGCCAACAUCAUACAAUAUCAGCUGGUCGGCAACAGUCAGUGACACAUCCAUAAAGCUGUGACCUUGCUAGUCAGAGUUCACCAAGUUAAACUGCACACAAUGCCACAAUGUGAAUUUGCUUUGCCACUGGAAGCUUAUGUUUUAUUCACCGCUCUGCUCGCAUUGAAUGCAAGUGAACAGGAGGCAAAUAUUUGCCAGGGUUAAUUUUGCACAUGUGUGACCGAGGCUGACUGUAGAUAAGCGGGGCUCAUCAUGGUUCUUAGUUUCAGGUGAUUAUACACCAAUGAAGACAUCAUUUUGAAUAUUAUAUUCAAUUUCUGCCAGUAGAUCCCUCUAAAUCCUACACACUUUAUUGAAACAGGAUGCCAAGUAAUGAUAAAUGACCUGCACAUUGAGCGUUUAUGUACAACACAUUUCAUGAGCUACUUGUGGGUAAUAUUGUGCACUGAAAUAUUUCAAAGUAUAUAAUUUUGUU